AUGAGCUUCCAGGGUCGCGGCAUCGACGAGCCGCUCAUCGAUAUCCCAAUGAUGGACUCUAAGAAGUCCAAUUAUACAGCUCUAGCCAGCUUCUUGGGCUCCUACCCGGAGGUAUUGGCCAUAAGAAGAUUUAGAGAGCUGCAGAUUAGAAACCUGCUGUUCUAUCAAGCUGAGCUCGCACACCUCGAAGCUGAACUCCAGGAAAUUGAGAACCAGGAUGCGCAAAGGAAAUACGACCCAUCUGAUCGUGCCAACUUCCGAUGGACGCCAUGUAUGGUCAGAGAAAAACCGGCAAAGACGCGGGCGCCAGAUUGCGCCGGAGGCUGCCAAAAGCCAGAGGACCCAUCGCCGCCGACAUCAAGAGAGACAAUGAACUCUUCAUACCUUGAGAAGGUACUUCAAAUCCGCCGCACUCUAUCUAGCUACAUGGAGCAGUACAAGCGGCUUAGCGCUCUCCCGAAUCCCAAACGACGCGACAUGGCAGCCAUACACGAAUGGCUCAACGACAUGAGCCUUGGGACAGCCUUUCUCGCCGGCGACGUCGAGGACGUUUGGACCGUCGAACUGGGCGAUGGCAAAAGCAAGGCAGCAGAUGUCUCCGACUUUUAUGGCUUCGAAGACCAAGGUGGUCUCGCGUUCCCUAUUGGCAGUGCCGUGGCUUGGCUUCAUCGACUCUUCUUUCGCUCCAACGGCAGCGCGUCGAGACAACCUCACCACGUUGACACGUCCGUGUAUGGCGCGCUUGAUCAAGCCAUCACAACCGUGGUCGCGAGUGUUCUUCCCGUGUUGCCAAUCGUCGUCUUAUAUUUCGUGAAAGAUAUGCUGGUGAGGAUUGGCCUCAUCCUUGUGUUUACGGUGGUUUUCUCUGCGAUCCUGGUGGUGGGAUUGCAGAUUAAGCCACACGCCACUCUGGCCAUUACCACGGCGAUUGCCGCUGUACAGGUCGUGUACGUUGGAUCAACGGCAAGUGACGGUAAAUCAUCGUAG